AUGCCAUCAGAGCAACAGUCUAAAGACAUGAAGGCGAAACCAUCUGGUUCGACUGCUCCCAAGCAAACCUCUCCAAUGUGGAUUACAAACUAUAACUUGCUUUCCGGUGGACUUUGGGCAUUCAUUCUUCUCAACACUAUCAUAACUGCGAUUUUCUUCGGUCAGCCUGAAAUGUUCACAUUAACAAACAAUUGGGUUGUUCUAGUUCAAUGCUGUGCAGUUGUGGAGAUUUAUAAUUCUGCUGUUGGUAAUGUCAAGUCACCUUUGCUUACUACCGUGAUGCAAGUGGCUUCCAGACUACUUAUUGUUUUGGGAAUUUUCAAGGCUCUUCCUUAUUCUCCAGGAAACUAUCAUUGGGUUUAUAUUACUCUUUGCAUCGCUUGGUCGACCACCGAAACGGUUAGAUAUUAUUAUUACGCCGCUAAGUUGUUGACACAUGACAAUACACCUAAAAAGUUGACAUGGCUCAGAUACAGUCUAUUUACAGUUCUGUAUCCCAUGGGAAUUUCAUCUGAGGUCAGCAUCAUCUACAAAAGUUUAGACGAAGCCCAGUUCGUUUAUGGUGCCGUGUAUAAAUACUUCCUUAUUGCUUGCUUAGCAAUAUAUGUUCCAGGAUCGUACACUCUUUACUCUUAUAUGCUUAAGCAGAGAAAGAAGCAGAUGAAGAAGCUUGCAGAGGGGAUAAGCACAAAAAGGAAGUUGAGAAGAAGUCCGACCAUUGCGCAUAUUAUGGUUAAAAGUCAUGUUAAGUAA